AUGAUGGAAAAGCAAGCUUACUAUCUGGGAUUCGACUUAUCAACACAACAAUUAAAGUGUUUGGCAAUUAAUCAGGAUCUAAAGAUCAUUCAUUCAGAGACUGUGGAAUUUGAAAAAGAACUUCCACAUUAUAACACUAAAAAAGGUGUAUACCUUCAUGAAGAUGAAGUAGCAAGUCCAGUGUUUAUGUGGUUAGAAGCAAUUGAUUUGGUGUUCAUGAAAUACGUCAACAGUGGGUUCAAUCUUGGCAAGGUAAAAGCUAUAUCUGGAAGUGCACAACAACAUGGAUCCGUCUAUUGGACAACUGAGGCUGAUUUUUUACUGCAAAGCUUAAGUGAUAACCAUGACAAAUCUUUACUUUCAGUUUUAGCCCCCAAUGCAUUUUCUUGGGAACUCUCUCCGAAUUGGCAAGAUCAUAGUACUGGAUCGCAAUGUACCGAGUUCGAAAAGAAAGUUGGCGGUCCAAAACAAUUAGCCAGUCUUACAGGUUCAAAAGCACAUUAUAGAUUUACUGGACCUCAAAUAAUGAAGUUCGUUGGGAAAAAUCCCGAGGGAUAUGAAAGGACUAAAACUAUUUCAUUAGUGUCCAAUUUUCUAUCAUCGAUAUUAUGUGGCAAAUUGGUACCAUUAGAGGAGGCAGACGCGUGUGGUAUGAACCUCUAUGAUAUUAAAGAGCAUAAAUUUGAUGAAGGAUGCCUGUCACUAAUUGACAAAGAUACCAAUAACAUACGCCGCAAAUUAAUGGACCCUCCAACACGAUGCCCGGAGCCUAUUUGCUUAGGUAAUAUAUCACAAUACUUUGUUAAGAAAUAUGGAUUCCAAUCAAAUUGCUCCAUUUAUCCAAUAACGGGUGAUAAUUUGGCUACAAUUUGCUCGCUACCAUUAAAGACCAACGAUAUAUUAGUUUCUUUAGGGACCAGCACAACUGUUCUGCUGGUCACCGAUCACUAUAAUCCAUCUCCUAAUUAUCAUCUUUUUAUUCAUCCUACUAUCGCAAAUAAUUUUAUGGGCAUGAUAUGUUACUGUAAUGGAUCAUUAGCAAGAGAGGAAAUCCGUGAUGAAUUGAAUAAAAGUGCUGGUCUUACCAAUAGCUCAUGGGAUCUGUUUGAUAAAGCAGUCCUUGCUGAUGACAUACAUACCGACAAUGAGUUGGGACUUUACUUCCCCCUCGGAGAAAUUGUACCGAGUACAAAGGCAACUUACAAGAGAAUUGAACUCGAUCCUAAGACGAAAUUAAUCAGCAAAAUUGUUCCCAAAUUUCAAGAUAUUAGACAUGACGCUAAAAAUAUCGUUGAAUCUCAAGCUUUAAGUUGCAGGAUUCGUAUUUACCCCUUACUCUCUAGUGAUGCAGAACACAGUCGUGAAACUUCAGAUAAUAUCCAUACGAAAGUCAAGUUCGAUGGUAGUGAAUUACCAUUAAGUGAAUAUUUAAAUAAGAGACCUAACAGAGCAUUUUUUGUUGGCGGAGCCUCUAAAAACGAUUCUAUUGUAAGAAAAUUUGCCCAAGUUAUUGGAGCCAAGGAAGCUAAUUAUAGAUUAGACACACCAAAUUCAUGUGCCCUAGGCGGAUGUUUCAAAGCAAUUUGGUCACAUUUAGUAGUAACGGGGAGAAUCGAUGAUCCAUUCAGCGUAUAUUUGGAAGCCCAUUUUCUAUGGGAUGAACUGGACAGGUUUUAUGAACCUGAUCAAGAAGCUUGGGAAAUGUAUAACAAGAAGAUCGAGGCAAUGAGUAAUCUAGAAGCAUUAUUAUGA